AUGGAGAGAAAUGAGAAGACAUUUGGAAAUAGGGUCUCUACAUCGAUAUCCUUUGUGUUCAAUUGCCAUACUGUAGAAAACAACAUAGAUGAGAAUGAGGUUCUAGUAUUGUAUGAGAAUGAGGACACAACAACUAGUGACUGGUGGUUGCAAUUUGGAAAUGAGGUAGUGGGUUACUGGCCAACCUCCUUAUUUUCAUACCUUGCUGACAGUGCUUCCGUGAUUCAGUGGGGAGGAGAGGUGUUGAACUUGAAGUCAGGUGGGCACCACACCACCACCCAAAUGGGGAGUGGUCAUUUCCCAGAAGAAGGGUUUGGAAAAGCUAGUUACAUCAAGAACAUCCAGCUGGCAGAUGGUUCCAACAAUCUAAUAGCUCCUAUAAGUGAUAGCACUUCCGCUGACCAAUCCAAUUGCUACAAUGUUCAAAUGGGCAAUAAUAGUGACUAG